UCAUCAGCUGUAUAAAAGCAUGGCUGAGUCCUGCGUCAGUCACCAUUCAGCUUUACUCGCUCUCUUCGCUGCAGUUCGUGCCUCGCCCACAAUGAAAGCGGUGACCGUGUUCGCACUCUUGGCUCUGGCAGCGAGCCUGUGCUUAGCUGCGCCUAACGGAGUCAGCUACGGAUACGGCGGACGUGGCUUUGGCUUCGGCCACGGUGGAUACGGACACGGUGGUUUUGGACACGGCUUUGGCCACGGAGGAUACGGAGGACACGGACACGGCGGGACCUCGUACAGUGUGUUCAACCUUGGCUAUGGAGGCUAUGGUUACGGCGGGUAAACGAGAUGGCAGAAGCUGAUGCAUUUAUAGGAAUGUUAUCUUCGUAGAAAUGGUAUG